AAGAAGGUAAUGAAACAGCCUUGUUAACCUGGGAGAGUGGUAGCUGGUUUAAAACCCAGGACACAUGGUGUUUGGUUUUGGGUCUCUGGGGUAACUAGGUCCUGAAGGAACCAGCAGCUGGUGCUCCACACUACCCCCCCCCACCCCCACCCCAGGACAGGUGCUGGAGGGCUGUGAGGAGGGGUCCAUGUGGAACUGCCAGAACCUUCUCUGGGAGGCACGUGAUGGGGUCCUUUGCUUGCCCUGAGGAGGCCUGAGGUUGCCUGGUGUUGGCUGGGGUCAGCACACUUGUGGUCCAGGCCAGUCCUCUUGUCUGUCACCUGCCCAAAGCGUGGGCACCUCAUUUGCCGUCUGGGCUGCCCGUGAGCGUGUGAGGGGGCCUUUCCACCUUCCCCGCCUGGAGUGCGAGCCUGGGAAGGGCCUCUGUGUUGAGAAGAGCAGUCUGUGUUUUCCAGAGAGGACUUUGAGUCAUAGCGGCAGUGGCCGGCCUCCUGUCAGGGUUGGUGACUACCCCCAGCUCAGGAGCGCCAUCGUCUCGUCCGGGGCAGCCGGGGGGCCGGGCAGCAUGGUGCCCUCCGGCCAGGUGGUGAAGAAGCAGGAGCCCGUAGAGCCAGGGCCGGACCCGGAGCUCAAGUCCUGGAGGUGCCUGGUGUUCUACCUGUGUUUCUACGGCUUCAUGGCGCAGUUGCGGCCGGGGGAGAGCUUCAUCACACCCUACCUCCUGAGCCCCGAUAAGAACUUCACUCGGGAACAGGUCACCAACGAGAUCACGCCGGUGCUGUCGUACUCGUACCUGGCGGUGCUGGUGCCGGUGUUCCUGCUGACCGACUACCUGCGCUACACGCCGGUGCUGGUGCUGCAGAGCGCGAGCUUCGUGGCGGCCUGGCUGCUGCUGCUGUUGGGCCGCUCGGUGCUGCACAUGCAGCUCAUGGAGCUGUGCUACAGCGUCACCAUGGCGGCGCGCAUCGCCUACUCCUCCUACAUCUUCUCGCUCGUGCGGCCCGCGCGCUACCAGCGCAUGGCCGGCUACUCCCGCUCCGCCGCGCUGCUCGGCGUCUUCACCAGCUCGGUGCUGGGCCAGCUGCUGGUCUCGGCGGCCGGCGUGCCCUUCUCCACGCUCAACUACGCGUCGCUCGGCCUCCUGUGCUGCAGCCUGCUGCUCGCGCUCUUCCUGCGGCGGCCGCGGCGCAGCCUCUUCUUCAACCGCGACGCCGCCGCGCGCCGCGGGGCCGCCGCCUCCGAGCUGGCCCGCAUGAACCCGGCCGCGGCGCGGGGCGCCUGGCGGGACUGGACGCCGGCGCGCGUGCUCCGGGAGCUGGGGGCCACCGCGCACUCGCCGCAGCUGCGCCUCUGGUCCCUCUGGUGGGUUUUCAACUCGGCCGCCUACUACCUGAUCGUCUACUACGUGCACAUCCUGUGGAACGUGGUCCACCCCACGGCGGACAGCGCCUCGGUCUACAACGGCGGCGCAGAUGCCGCGUCCACGCUGCUCGGAGCCAUCACCUCCUUCUCCGCGGGCUUUGUGAAGAUCCGCUGGGCGCUGUGGGCCAAGCUGGUCAUCGCCGGCGUGACGGCGGCGCAGGCGGCGCUGGUGUUCCUCAUGUACAGCACCAGCAACAUCUGGCUGUGCUACCUGGCCUUCGUGCUCUUCCGCGGCGCCUACCAGUUCCUGGUGCCCAUCGCCACUUUUCAGAUCGCGUCUUCUCUCUCUAAAGAGCUCUGUGCGCUGGUUUUCGGAGUGAAUACAUUCCUUGCCACCGUCCUCAAGACCAUCAUCACCCUCAUUGUCUCUGACAAGCGGGGUCUGGGCCUCCCAGUCCACUCACAGUUUUUCAUCUACUUCGUGUACUUCGUGGUGCUGUUUGGCGUCUACCUCUUGGGGGCCUUGGUGGUGGUCCUGCGGCAUUUCCGGGACGGCCGCCGUGCGCCCCAGCCCCCAGCGCUGAGCCCCGUGGAGGAGAAGGCCAUGCAGCCGCUGGCCGCCCAGGAGCAGAGCCUGCAGCCCGAGGCCAAAGCCUGACCUCCGGG